AUGUCAUCAAACUCGACGCAAGGAUAUCCAGGGGGGAUAUACAUACGCUCUGCCGAGAAACGUGAGCAUGUCGGACGCAAAGAGCACAAUGUAAAAGGGGAGGGGAAAUGGAGUGAGUAUCUAGCAAGGGCUUUUCGUAACUGGCCCGCCAAGGCUCUAUCGGGGAGGAGGAACGAUGCCAGAGCAUUGCCGGGGACAGAGGGUGACUAUGAACCACACCUGUCUCUCGCAAUUGAUCAUCUAAUGGCAUAUUUUGGACAGGAAUUAAAAUCGUCUCUCCAUGGCUUUAUCGAGCUGCAGGAACAGAUUGAUGAGGGGGAGGGCGGCUCGGGUCCGAGCCGCCCGGACAGCCGCCACCAGGGCAUCACAAAAUGUGACAACGGUAACCGGAGCCCCCGACACACGCGUUCGUUCUCAGUAACUCCGCGAUGGUGA